AUGGAUCGACAACCAGAUUCGAUAGGCCUUGGGCCUCGUCAUGACCCAAAUUCUCGGGUAUCGAAACCUGAAUCGGCCGCCGACAAGAUGGCUGCUCUCAAAGCAAGAGUCGCAGCGGCAGUCGGCGGCUCCAAGGCGAAGGGAGGCCUCAACGUCGGACUACAUCCAGUACUCGAGAGUCUUGGCCAGACAAAGGCCCCAGCUAGACCCAACGAUGGAACGCCAACAAACAGUCGAUCGCACUCGGACUCGAAACUUUCAACCGGAUUCAGAACCCCGGAUGCUUCUGGACGCGGCCGCGAUGGGCAGUUGUCGAACCCUUAUUUCAACGAACAGCAGGCAGCACAGCCAACAAGUGGAAGACAACGUCAGGCUCGGCAGCUAAACUUCCAUGCCAAGGGCAAGUUCAUCCAGCAAGCCGCGGCGCUGCGGCGGCAAGCUGCCCUGGAGGAGAUGAAGAAGAGAAUCGCGGCACAAACCAGGAAAGCUGGGAUCGAAGAUGAACUGGAGAUGGAGAAGAACCUUGUCGUCGACCCUCCUCCGGACAUGGAAUGGUUCGACGGCGGGUUGGUCGACGGAACCUCCUACGACUGCAUCGACGACGAGUCCAAACUCAAAAUCAAAGAAGACACCAUCAUCACGGAAUAUGUACAGCACCCGGUCGCAUUAGAGCCGCCGCAAGAGAAGAAGACGCCGGCGCUGAAGCCAAUGUACCUGACACCGAAAGAAAUGGCAAAAACCAGGAGGCAGAGAAGGAUGGCCGAACUAAAGGAGCAACAGGCAAAGAUCAGACUUGGGCUGGUGCCAGCCCCGCCACCCAAAGUCAAGAAGAGCAACAUGAUGCGUGUUUACGCAGACUCUGCAGUGAAAGAUCCAACGGCCGUGGAAAACCUCGUCAACCGGCAGAUUGCUGAACGCCAGCAGAAUCAUCUGGAGGCCAACGAAGAACGCAAGCUCACGAAGGAAGAGAAACACAGCAAACUUGUCACCAAUCAAGAAAAGGAUGCUGCCAAGGGCAUCCAUAUUUUGGUAUUCAAGAUUAACAGUCUCGCGAACGGCCAGCAUAGAUUCAAAAUCCAGAAGAACGCCGAGCAGCAUUCACUCACAGGGAUUUCCAUUAUGCACCCAAAGAUGAAUCUAGUCAUUGUCGAGGGUGGUGAGCACAGUAUACGCAAAUACAAGAAGCUUAUGCUUGAGCGUAUUGACUGGACUGAGAAUACCCCGUCGCGAGAGGGGAAGGCCCAGCAACAGGUUCGCGAAUGGCUAGUGGCCGAAAAUGAGAGAGGCGAUCUGAAGGAUAUGUCCCACAACGAGUGUAAGCUGGUGUUUGAAGGCGAAGAGAAGACGAGGGCAUUCCGCAAGUGGGGGAGCAAGGUUUGCGAAUCUGAUGCGGAGGCUAGGGACGCGUUGGUCCGAGCCAAGAUGGACAACUUUUGGGCGGUCGCGAAGAACAUGUAG